AUGGUAAUUUGGGAGACAAAUUGUCCAUUCUGUAAUUCACAAGUCAAAUGUAUUUUAAAACCUUUAGAAAUAGAUAGUUCACAUUAUUUAUACAAGUCAUUAAUUGGACCAUUUAAGAGCAUUGGUAAAUAUGAAUAUGAAAUAAUUCAUCAACCAAAUGGAAAUUGCGCAAACAAUAUCAAUUAUAAACCAAUUAUUAUUGCAUCAAGCACAUUUACCCUAUUUCCUAAUUUAUCAUUACCAUCGUCACCAACAUCAUCAUCACUUUCCAACAUGUCAUUACCUUCCAUGUCAUCGUCAUCACUAUCAUCAAUAUAUCCUAUAAAAAUAUUGGGAUUUUCUGAUAAUCAAUAUAAUUUAAAAACAUUUAAUAAAAUUGUUAAAUCAGCAUCAAUACUGCACAAUCAACCUAACUUUAUAUUACAUGUUGGUGAUCCUGUACAGAAAUUUGAUAGUUUACAGCAAUGGCAAACUGAUUUUUUUGAUCCAUUAAUCAAUUAUAAAUUAAUCCAAAAAUCACCAAUGAUUUUUGCUCAUGGUAACCAUGAUUUUAAUCCAUUGUUAAAUUACCAUUACACAACAAAUAAAUUAUGGUAUUCAUUCACUAUAGCAAAUACACGUUGGAUAGUAUUGGAUAGUAAUAUUGAUGAUGAGUUACAAGAUAAAUGGUUGAUAAAAGAGUUGUCAUCAAUCGAAUCAAAAUUGGCCAAGUUUCGUAUUGUGGUGGUACAUAUACCACCAUUUGUUGAAUUUUGGGAUCCAAAAUCCUGGAAUGAGAAAUCAGAAAAAUAUUGGGGUGAUUUUGUUAGGAAGAGGUAUGUACCUCUAUUUCAAAGAUAUGAAGUUGAUUUGGUGAUAAGUGGACAUCAACAUAAUUACCAACGUGGUCAAUUCGAUGGUACUGUUUACACCAUAAUUGGUGGUGCAGGUGGCGAAUUAGAUUAUGAGAGAGUUGAAGAUUGGAAAAUUUAUUCAAUUGUUAAAAAAAUUCAUCAUUACGUGUUGAUUGAAAUUUGGUCUGAUAAAUUGAUUUGGGUAGUUUAUGAUAUUAAUAAUAAAGUUAUUGAUAAAUUUGAGUUAGGAAAGAGAGCCAUUUUUACUUAA